UCACGCUGUGGGUGCGAGCUACAGCCAAGGCACGCGGACAAGCGUUCUUCCUGGAACAUGAAGCUCCAGAAUGAGAAGACUUUGGGACAUUCCAUGAGCCAUUUGAGUAACAUUUGUAAGGCUGGGAGCCCCCCGCUGGCAGCUUCGGCUCCGGUGACUGCCUUCUCCCGUACAUCUGCUACACCGUCCAAUCAGGAUAUGUGCAGUUCCAGUGCAGUGCUUUCUGAGUAUUGUCAUCACAGUCACGUGGAGUCUGCUGUUGUCUUGAAAGCUCCUUCAUGCCAGAGUUCCCUAACACCAGGGCUCACAAUGACAAUUAUCUGUAAAGACACGUCACAGGUGUCAACGAGAAACUCCCGUGGUUCAGAAUGGGUCCAGGCCUUGAAGCCUGCUAAGAAUACUAAAGCCAGAAGAGCACUAACAUUCUCAAAAUCCCUAAAUGAUAUGGACGAGAAGGCCCAGGACACUAAGGGAAGUUUUGACUAUGUGGAAAGAACUUGUUCUGAAGGAAAGUUGGCCCUCUUUCAGGAGCCCUGUCUCAGAAUUAACAUGUUCAGUCAUAAAGAAAAAAGAAUACCAAACCGAAAACCUCAUGGCAAUUCUAAAUAUUCUUGUGUUUCAUCCCUUUAUGACAAACAUUCACCUGCUUCAGAGGUAGAAGCGGGCAAGCGGAUCAUCCAUGUCUCACUUUUGGAAGAGAAAGCAGAUGAUGAGGCCUUGUCCAGGAACAGGCUACUGUUGCGGUACCUCUUCCCACUUGGCAUGAGUGCCAGCAAUCUGCACAGGCUCCGUGAGCUGGAGGGCUGCGCUGCCCGUCAGAGCACAGCUAAGUCCUCCAGCAAGCUGGCUGAAAGCACGGGCUUCUGCUCUGAUGAUAUGGGCGACGACGAUGUCUUUGAGGACAGUGUGUCUGCAGAUCUGAAGAGCAGGGCCCUGCAGGCACCCCUCUGCUCAGUCGAAAAGGACAGCGACCUGGAAUGCUCUUCUCCCCUCUCAGAAAAGCACCUCCCCAUAACUUCUGUAUCCACAUCAGGGGACGCCUGCAGGAUUUGCCAUUGUGAGGGUGACGAUGAAAGCCCCCUGAUCACUCCAUGCCGCUGCACCGGGAGCCUGCAUUUUGUGCACCAAGCCUGCCUGCAGCAGUGGAUCAAGAGCUCUGACACACGGUGCUGUGAACUCUGCAAGUAUGAGUUCAUCAUGGAGACAAAGUUGAAGCCUCUGCGGAAAUGGGAGAAGCUUCAGAUGACAGCCAGUGAGCGUAGGAAGAUCAUGUGCUCGGUCACCUUUCAUGUCGUCGCCAUCACCUGUGUGGUCUGGUCUUUGUAUGUGCUUAUUGAUCGGACUGCUGAUGAGAUCAAGCAGGGGCAAGCAACAGGAAUCCUCGAGUGGCCCUUUUGGACUAAGUUAGUGGUUGUGGCUAUUGGCUUUACCGGAGGACUUCUUUUUAUGUAUGUGCAGUGCAAAGUAUAUGUACAAUUAUGGAAGAGACUCAAGGCUUAUAAUAGAGUAAUCUAUGUCCAGAACUGUCCAGAAACAAGCAAAAAGAUUAUUUUUGAAAAAUCUGCACUAACAGAGCCCAACUUAGAAAACAAAGAAGGACCUGGAAUCUGCCGUUCGGACACAAACUCUUCUUGUUACACAGAACCCGAGGACACUGGAGCAGCCAUCCUUCAAGUCUAACCACACGGAAAGGUUGUCUUUCCUGGACAUCGUGAAGAGCUGAAAGAAAUUGUUUACUGCCAAUUUUGUACCUUUUCUUAUGUCGGUCAAUAGCAUAGACUGGGCAGGUGACUAUUUUUAAUGGCGUCCCUUUUUCUAAAUCCUCCUUAAUGACCCUGUGGGCAAGUCCUCCCAUUGGCCACACACAGCCAGCUUCAGCUCCGCCAUGUGCUCUGUGGGCAAGGAAAAUGGAAGAUAGGAGGUAGGAGUGGAUGAGUUCCUGGUCUUACUCUUGGGCAGAUGAGAGAAUGCAAGGCCACGAUUGAGGAAGAGCAGAAGGGUGUUAGCCAGGCCCUGGGGAGCAGCCUCUUCAGGUGAGCGGCCGUCCUUAACCUAGGCUUUUUAGGAAUAUCUCUCCAUGGAGAGGAUUUGCACACACACACUAAUGAGCCCAGAAGGUGGCACGGAGACAGCUCCCCAAACACAAAACGUGUCCGCCUUGCCUUUGCUGAUGUUUCUCCAGCUAGUUCUCGCAAGCAGACAGGGAACCAGGCAUUCUACAUGUGUGGAGUGGGGUUGGGGUGGGGUGAUUGAGUCACUGAGAAGAUAGCACUUUACAAAAGAAAAUCUUUAUUUUGUAAUAUGUGUCUGGUUGAAAUGAAACUCACAAGAAUGUUUCAUUUAGAAACAUUCCCUUACAAUCUCUUUUGCAUUAUAAUUUGAAAUACCUGUUUUGCCUUAUAAAUUCUAACAGACGUGACAUCCCCUCUGUUCCCAUAGAAAUGGCAUGAUUAUAAACAGAUCAGGCUUCAUGGGGGGAAAUGGAUGCCACACAGCAAUUUGAGCAUCAUUGUAUGGUUUUGAACCUGUUUUACAGAAUCCUUAUUGUACAAGCUUGCCCUCUUUGUUUCUUUUUCAUUUGUCAGCACUGAGAAAAGGUGUUGAGAUCUAAAUGGAAGGAAAGGAAGUAAAUAAUUAUGACAAAGUUGAAUAUUUUAGCAAUCUCUCUUCAGACAGAGGUCUCACCCGUGUGUGCUAGAUGUACAGUAACAUGUAAGCAUGCACAUCCUGAUCUAGAGGCGUGUAUACUGAAGGUGCUCCUGUGCACCUGCCUGCCUUGACCGGCUUCUGCAGCCAUGUCUGGCAUCUGCUGUGAAGUCACUGGCCAGUGCAGAGAAGUCGAAGCGCCGAUUCAGGGAGAGGACUAGCAAGUAGUCAGCCAGCCAGCUGUGCUGGUCCCUGGCAACCCCACAGCUGCCCCACUAUCCCUUUAUUGCCUUAGCCAAACUGAGCAGAAAGGAUUCUGUAGGGCAGUGGUUCUCAACCUUCCUAAUGCCGUGUCCCUUUAAUACAGUUCCUCAUGUUGUGGUGACCCCAAC